AUGUCACGUUUAUCUCGCGCGAAUCUAAAAGCUAGAGAAUCCAUAUUUUACGGCGGACCAGAACAAUACAUAGGUGACAUCCAGGCAAUAUGUCCACCAAGCCUAGCGGAUUGCGUUGCGGUUAUGGAGGACUGCUGCGACGAGGUCUUCGAGAUGCAGCAUUUGCUGAGGAACGGAACGAAGGAUCUUCCUCGCAUGAACAAAAUAUUGGCAAAUGAACGGGUGGGUCUUUUUUUGCCUGCUUUGUUCAAAGUCACUUUCGGGGAGCUGAUAAGGAUACGUGUUUUUCCACGGAAGGUUUUCCUCCUCGUCGACGAAGGGACCAUCAAACGAUACAAAUCCGAGCUAGCGGACGAGAUCGAGCCUGCUAUCGCCGAGCUCAUCGAGAGGGCUGAGCAGGGGCUUGCGGGGAUGCUGAAGAAGGAGGCGGCGUUGCAGAUCAAGGUGGAGAACGCAAAAAAUCGGCUUCGGACAGUCAGGGGCGCCACAACUAUUGCGCAGAAGACGGAGGCGAGGCAGUUGCAGCUCCUUACAAAACAACGGGAGAGGCUCGAGGAGGAGGUGAAGGCGCUGGAGAAGGAGGUGGAAGAGCUUGAAUUGAAGAUGGUGAAUGGUUAA